CCCAUAACGCCCAAGUAGAAAACGGCGGAACUUACUAGAGGCCGGUUUGAAAAGCGUUUGACCGCCAUUAGUGUAAAAAAAAUAGGCGUGUGGAGCCGGCUUUAGUUAAAUUCGACCUACUUCUGGUGUCAGGAGAUGGCUUCUGAGGAUAUCUCUCAGCUGGUGGAUGCCCUUGCAAAGACUCAAGUGGGCGGGGGAGAGCUAAGUUUCAAAGGCCGCGCCCUGAAGCUCGACACUGCUGAGGCUGCUGCUGAGAUUAUUGAAGAGAUUGAGGGCUUUGAACACCUGCAGGCACUACGCCUGGAAGGCAACACAAUUGGUGUGGAAGCUGCUAAAGCCAUCGCCAGGAGUUUGUCUAAUAAAAAGGAUUUGCAGAAAUGCUACUGGAGCGACAUGUUCACUGGCCGAUUGCGGUCAGAGAUUCCUCCUGCUCUGAUAUCUUUGGGUGAUGCACUGAUGAGUGCAGGAGCUCAGCUGACACAUUUGGAUCUAAGCGACAAUGCAUUUGGACCAGAUGGAGUUCGGAGCAUUGAAACCUUAUUGAAGAGUAAAGUGUGUUACACAUUGCAAGAGCUGCGACUGAAUAACUGUGGCAUGGGAAUCGGUGGUGGCCAGAUUCUUGCUGCAGCACUUAGUGAAUGCCACAGAGUAUCAAGUGCGCUGGGAAAGCCAAUGGCACUGAAAGUUUUCAUUGCUGGAAGGAAUCGUCUGGAGAAUGAAGGUGCCAUUGCACUGGCUGAUGCUUUUAAGUCCAUAGGAACCCUGGAGGAGGUACAAAUGACACAGAAUGGAAUAAACCAUCCAGGCAUUACAGCUUUGGCGAGGGCAUUCACAGAAAACCCGCACCUGAGGGUCAUAAACCUUAAUGAUAACACCUUCACUGAGAAAGGAGCCAUUGCUAUGGCUGAGACACUCAAGACGCUUCAUGAAAUUGAAAUCAUAAAUUUUGGAGAUUGUCUGGUACGAUCAGAAGGAGCUCGAGCUAUUGCUAAAGCAGUAAAAUCUGGGUUGCAGAAUCUCAAGGAACUAAACCUUUCGUUUGGAGAGAUCCGGAAGGAUGCUGCAAUCACAGUGGCUGAAGCUGUGGAAGAUAAAUCCUUGCUGGAGAAACUGGAUCUAAAUGGAAACUGUCUUGGAGAGGAAGGCUGUGAACAAUUGAAGGAGGUUGUGGAGAGCUUCAACAAGCAGGAUGUGCUGGGCUCUCUCAGUGAUGAUGAAAGUGAUGGGGAUGAUGAUGAAGAUGAUGAUGAGGAGGAUGAUGAUGAUGAGGACCUAGAGGAUGAAGAGGAAGAUGAAGAUGAAGAAGCAGAAGGAGGAAAAGGAGGAGGAAGAGAAGAAGAGCGGGAGCAAGAGAAAGCAUUACCAGAUGACCAAUUAAUAGUUGAACCGUCUGUAAAAACAAUCCCAACUGGUCCGGCAUCAGAAGCUGCCACGUUCUUGUCUUCUCCUUCUCCAGACAAACUCCUUAAGCUGGGAUCUAAACGGUCACUUCUGAUUCAGCAGCAGACCGAUCUAUCAAACGCGGAAAAAGUUGUCCAGACAUUUCUGAAGGUGGCUGCAGUCUACAAGGAAGACCAGGAAACUAAAGCAGCAGUAAUAGAGACUGCAGAUGAAUUGUUGCAGAAAGCAUUCAAGGCUCCUGGAUUUCAGUUAGAUGUGUUCAUUACUACCCUCUUGGUCUAUAUGGGACUUCUGAAGAGUGAAGAGAAGAUUAAAGUGAUCAGUAACCUAAUUGGGCCAUUGACAGUUCUCAAACAAGUGAUUCAGAAGAGCUACUUUCCACGCUCUGUGAUUCCCAUCCUCAGUGCGUUCCUUACUAAGCAGAAUCGUGCUUUUGACUCCUGCCAAAAUGCCAAAUACACUUUGUUGGAGACUAUGAACAAUCUUUAACACCAUCCCUGUGAUGUGGGAGCUGGUGCAACAAGAAAAGGACACGGGGCUGUAGGGAUUGUCCAUGCAUUAAUGAGAAGCCGCUGCAGAAUUGCCUUUCGGGCUGCACAGUGCCGAACGCUUCACUUUCUUCAUGCUACAGACUGGAUCCUUUGCUUCAGGUCAACUCACACUCCUGGCCUCUUGACAGUUUGCAGUCAGCUGUGGCCAGAGGUAUCACCAGAUUCUUCUCAACUGCUUACAACUGAAAGCAAAAUUGGAGCCAGAUUUUGAUGACUGCAAUUUAAAAAAAAAAGGAUUUACAGGCUGUUGAUGACUCAUCUUGUGUAGUCUUAGCCUAUUCUGGUGGGAGGGAGAGAGUGGAGAAUAGCCAAAUUUCCAUGGCUGUGAACAACUGAGUGACGUGUGCUUUAGCUUAAAUUGCAGCCCUUUUAUUCAGACUCGUAGUGCUUUCUAAAAUUAAGUGGGCAUUUUCACAUCAUGUAUCUUCCUCGUGUCUGAGCCAGCUGAUCUGGAAAGAGAGAGAGAGACAAACAUAUUGGAAAAUCUACAGGCUGAUACCUCAAAUUUCUGAAAUAUAUUGAUGGUGUCAUCUGCUAACUUGUGUACAGACCUCAAAGUAAAUGGGUUUAUAAAGUUCUUCCAAAUUUGUAUAGCUGUUCAUGCCAAUAUAGUUUAUAGUGCAAAACAGUUUAUUUACUUAUUCCUACCCCAAACAGAUGGCUACUGGAAAGGGCUUGUUGGCUACUGCAGGGUCACCUAUCCUUCUCCACCUUGCUGUCCAACAAAGGAUUCCUUGUGUGGAGAAUUAUGCAGCCUUUGGCCUGUGUUGUUACUGUUAUUUCCAUCUUGGUUUGUUUGCUUUCUUCCAAUACCCCAACCCCUCCCCGCAAAACAAAAAAAUGGGGAAAAGAAUUUAAUACCAAUAGCCCCCCCCCCCCCCCACCAUGGGCUAGUUGGUCACCCACAUCACUCUGAGCAGUACAGAUCAAAGUAUCAUCAUUCCCACCGCACCCCCCCCCCUCCUGAUUUCUCCUGUGGAUCCUGGUGGAAUAUGUACUUGAAGAUCCAAUGAGGGCAGAAUCAAGAUCAUUUAUAAUGUUGUCUGUCAUUGAAUAACAGUACUAGUGUCUAACUUUACCCAAGAAUGGCCAUUUAGGUGAGGAAUGAGAAUCUGUGGACUCUUGUGGAACCAUAUUCUCCCAAGAAUAGCUACCUUCUGGAGAGCAGGGAAGAAUAGAGAUACAAUUAAGGUAAGAGAAAAGCAAGAGCCACAGGCUUCUUAUUCUAAUCUAACAUAUUCUAGCACAUCUUUUGCAAGAGGAGAUGCUUUAAUCCUUCAAAAUGCAAGGGAAAAAAUAGACCUUGUGAACUGAACGUCAUCAUGCCUAGUGAUCAGAGACAAUUUGAGAACAGCUAUGAUAAAGCUCACUGCCAUUAACAUAGAAGAAGAUGGGGAUUGAAUCUUACCCAGAUUUCGAAGAAAUGUAUGAAUACUGCUUCAUGCGAUACAUUUGGGUUGUGCAAAUAGUAAAAUACUGGGCAAUGAAGCUACCAAUCUGUGUUCUCUUCCUGCAUACAGACACGUGCUAGUAAAGAUUGAGAUCCAAAUAUCCAUUGUUUCCAGAAGAACUAUUGCAGUUGAGCUCUUUUGUAAUGUAGACCUUAUUGAUGCAAAAUUGGAUGGUGUUUGGAAAUUUCCAAAGACUCCAAUUAGGAGUCAUAACAGCAGCUUGGGAAGAUCAGGGGCUUUUAUAUGGGUAUUGCAUUAGGAGAGCAGAAUUUUCAUUGACACUUAACACCUCUCACCUCUUUAACUUGAUUUGAACAGUAACGUGGCGUGCAUGUUCAUCUCAGUCAGCUGCAUAGAUAAGGUUUUCAUCUCCUUUGCAUUAUGGUUUGCACUGUGUGCAUGUAGGCAUAUUAUCAGUAUGAAUGGAAAUAAAAGAUGAGAAUGUUGAACUGCAGUGGAGCUUUCAGAGGGCAGCAGGUCAUUCGUGGGCCUGUUUAGUCUUCUACCUAUUAGAUUUAUUUUAGAAUGCAGAAACUCUCAGGUCCUGCUGCAAGCAUAGUUUUGGGAUUGGUAGAGGGGGAGAUGCUUGCAUUUUGUGAGUAUUUUAUUCCAUUUCCUUUUCCCCGUGGCCUGCUUGCAUCAUGCACUAUCUGCAGCUUCAAAGAUAGGCAGCCAACUCCCACGCUAGCUCCAGUGCUACUCCUAAAUCAUAGUUUAUGGCUGCUCUGGGUAGAGCAUUGAGUUGAUCCCCAUUGACUUCAUAAUCUGGGUCGCUUAUUGCGUGCAAUACUGAAGGAGUGCUGUGUUAUCAGGUGCAGUUAUUCACAUGUUGCAUUAAGCUGAGGGCUUGCCAAUCUAUUCAGACGGAUGUUAAUGAUCCCAUGGUUCUAAUUGAAGAAGAACAGGGAAUUAUCCUAGUGUUUUGACCAACAUUAUUCCCUUAACUGAUACCAUCAAAAGCAGAUUAACUGGCUAUUUGUCUGACAUUUUAAGGAAUGUAACUGGUAUAGAAUGGCUGCCAUGUCACUGCUUCAAAAAAUUUUGUAUGUGAACUACUUUAAGAUGUUUUGAUGGUGAUAAAGAUGCUAUGUUAAUGCAAGUAUUUCUUCAUCAUUUUCUGAUUAUACUGAUCCAGCUGCUGAGUUUUUUGUAUAAUUUGCUAGGUUAGAGAAAGUCCAAUGGCAGUCCACUGUAAAAUGCUUGGUUGUAAUAUUCCUGUGUAAACAUUUCAUCCAGCGAUUUUACAAAAUGUUUGCAUAUUAUAUCAAGGAUGUAGAAGCACUUGAGAAAGCGUAAAAAACAUUGAGCUGAGAUUAUAACUCCUGAAUGAC